AUGUACGAAGAAAUUUCUAAUUGGGGAGAAAUAAUUAAUAAAACGUUAAAUCAAGGUCGAGAGGAUAAAUCUUCAGAAUACAAGAAAAUUAAUCCAGGAGAUAAAAGAUACACUGAAUUUGUACAUUGUUCUCAUGUUAUGAUUUAUUCAAAAACAAAUUCUCUUUUUGAAAAUUUUGAAAAGAAAGCAAUUAUUUUGGUAAGUUUCCCUGGUGGAAUAGUAGACAAAGGAGAAACUCCUUUAAGUGCAUUACAUAGAGAAUUAAAGGAAGAACUUAAUUGGAAUGAAAAUGAUGGAUCAAUAUUAGAAUCUGAUAUCAUGUUUGCUCAUGUCGAUGAAAAAAAUGAACGUGUUUAUCAUUUUUAUGCAACUGAAGUCACAGAAGAAAAAAUGUUAGAAAUAGAAUCUAAAAUGAAUAAAGCAUGUGAUUAUGGAAAUGAAGUUUUGGGUACUUUUCGAAUUCCAUUGUAUAUAAUGGGUGAUGCUUUCAGAGGUUUUCCUUCGGAAUUCCAAACGUCAAUUAAUUGA